GAACUUUGUACCCAAUAAGGAAACUAGAGUUGUUACCGAAGUUCAAUUAUCUGUUGGUGGAAUUUAGUGCAGUACGUUUUUGGCUGUGUAAUCGAAGGAAAUAACGUAACUUUAUAUCAGAAAUGUUCUCCACGUGUGCUAAGGUUCUAAGAAGCAACCGUAAAUUCAAUUUUAUAUUACAACACUAUGAAUCGACGUUAGUGAUCGCUGAGCAUAACAAUGAAACGUUGUCUCCGAUUGUGCAAAACACUAUAAGUGCGGCUGAAAAAAUUGGAGGGGAAGUGUCAGUGCUAGUCGCUGGUACAAAAUGUUCUUCGGUUGCUGCUGCUGCAAGUAAAGCGAGUGGUAUUGCAAAAGUUCUUGUUGCCGAAAAUGAAGCUUUUAAGGGUUUUACUCCAGAGUCGUUAACACCAUUGAUUCUGUCAAUUCAGAAGCAAUUUAAUUUUACACAUAUAUUGGCUGGUGCUACUGCAUUUGGAAAAGCGCUAUUACCAAGGGUAGCAGCUAAGUUAGACGUUUCACCAGUAAGUGACAUUAUAGGGGUUAAGUCUCCUGAUACUUUCAUUCGUUCAAUCUAUGCUGGAAAUGCUAUACAAACCAUACAGGUAAUAGAUGGCAUAAAAGUAAUCUCUGUGCGAGGAACAUCAUUCAAGCCAGUUUCUUUAGAAGGUGGUAACGCAAAGAUAGAGCAGGCUCCAGCUGGUGAUUAUAAAUCAAGCUUGAUAGAAUUUAUUAAGCAGGAGUUAAGUAAGUCGGAGAGGCCAGAACUGACAUCGGCCAAGGUUGUCAUUUCUGGAGGACGUGGCAUGAAAUCUGGGGAGAAUUUCAAGCUACUGUACACUUUGGCUGAUAAAUUAAAUGCUGCCGUUGGAGCUUCUCGUGCUGCAGUAGAUGCAGGUUUCGUGCCUAACGACCUCCAGGUUGGUCAAACAGGAAAAAUCGUAGCACCGGAACUCUAUGUAGCUGUGGGUAUUUCUGGAGCGAUACAACAUCUGGCUGGAAUGAAGGAUUCUAAGACGAUCGUUGCCAUAAACAAAGAUCCGGAGGCACCCAUUUUCCAAGUUGCCGACUACGGAUUGGUUGCCGAUCUGUUCAAAGCUGUGCCCGAACUUACUGCCAAGUUGUAAACUCGAUUACCACGUGCCGACCUUUGCGGUUAUAAAUGUAAAUACUGUCCGAUGAAGGCAUAGCUAUUCGGGCCUUAAUCAUGUCUUUCCACAAAUACUUUAUAUUUUAAAUAUUAAAUCGUAAACUCUCUGA